UCUAACGAUCUUAUUAUGAAAUAUAUACUAGACUUGUUUUCAAUUUGUUCUCUACUUUAUUCAGAACAGAAAAAAGAUCUCUACUUUAUUAGUACUAAUUUUUGUUGUGUGCAUCAGAUGUUUAAUUUUCUCUUUUGUUUGCAGUUUGUGUAAUUCCCUUUUCAUGUUUAGAAUGCUCACAUCCACUUUUUAGAUAAAAUUCUUUUAAUCAAUUACGAGAAUUUGAUUAUCAGUUCUUGUUUAAUGAUCCUUUCGGAGCGGGUCUAAGGCCUUGCGGGGCGAGCGGCCGGGUGUUGAAACUCCAGUUGUUUUUCCAAAUUUAAGCUCUACAAUUAAACUAUGAGGGUGUUUGGAUUGGCUUUUAACCAGCUUUUAAGCUCUUUUUAGUUUUUUUUUUUGGAAAAAAAGAAAAAAAUAAACUUAAGCAGCGCUGGGAGUGUUGAACAUGAAAAUUGAUAAGCGGGGCGGGCAUUUUUCCACUCUGACAGCACAUUUUCCCCCCUUAAUUUCCUUAGAAGUUGCAUUUUGCUUUUUUGAUAAUUGACUCACGUAGUCUUAUAAAUUUCUUGGUCCAGGCUAUGAGGGAAAGUUGGCUCACAUUACAUUACCCCGAUAAUUUCCCUAGACUGAACAAUCUAAGGGAGUUGGAAUUGGACCUUACAUUAGAAGCUGGUGAAAGCCUGCUCUUCUUCACUUUUUUUAUCAAGGCAGCUCCUCUGCUGUCUAGAUUCACAGCCCGGAUAAUAUACAUUCCAGCCUUACAUAAGCAGUAUGUCGGUAUUGGUGUGCGUAUCUCGGAACGUGCAGCUCGAAAGGCUACUGCCGGUUUUGUUCACAAACGUCUAAAGGUGGUGAAGUUAAUCGGUUUUACAGGGCGUCAACUGAUUAUAAGCUUGCGUUGCAUUUGCUAGAAAUUGGACGAGGCUCUCUUAAGAAGAUCAGCCUACAGCCUACAAAUGACAGUCACGGCAUCAAGAUUAAGAGAGUGACAUUAAUCGAAAAGCGGAGCAAGCAGCUUGAAGCAAAGUUGCCUCUAGUACUAUAUAUAGUUUCAAAUUCUUCUUGACUUACAAUUUCAAGUAUUUUUUAAACUAUUGCUGUAAACGUUGGGAUCUCUGUUUAUUACUCUACCAAUAUGUGAUAGUAAAAUGGAAUGGCCGAAUAUAUAUAUUUAUUAUUAUUUGUCAAUGAAUGCA